AUGAACGCGUUAGGCACCAAUUUCAAGAACCUCAGAAAUCGCGUGGACUCCCUGGACUUGGCUGAUUCUAGUCAUAUCCCCGGAGUCGCCGUGAAUGCCUCAGUUCUAGACAUCGCCAAGGAGUUACCUCAAAAGCGACAAAGCUCGGAAGAUCAUCCGUUCUAUGAGAAGUCUACGAAGAAACAGCAUACUGGAGAAGUUUCAAAAGUCUUUGAGGAAGUGCAUCCUUCGGACAGCUCCAGAACUGGCGGUGGAGUCCCGUUCAUACAUAAUUCCAAUUUGAGAUCUGUGCUUCACAGAACCAAUGGCUCAUCAAAUACACGCGUCAGAUCACAGACAACUGAGAGAAUUGAGGUCAGCAAUUCUGUUUCUGUCAAUUCUGCAUCCAAUAUAGAUACACCGAAGGGAGAAUACCUCGAAAGUAUCGAUACCGUUUCUCACGAGAUGACAAAUAUUCCAGAGGAUGCAGAGGCAACUACGAGCACUAAGAUCACAAAAUCAUCCAAAGCUCUUGAGCGUACAGAACCUCCAAUCGAUGAAGACGCAGACGUGUCGCUUGAGGUGUUGGAGGAGAUGCACAAGCUAGAAUUGUGUUUCCCUGUUCUAGCCGAGCGCUAUCGCCUCAUAGAUAAAAUCGGAGAGGGCACGUUCUCAACUGUCUACAAGGCGGCUGCGGUUGACGGAACUGUUGUUCUUGGCUCACAAAUGUGGAAAUCGCCUCCUCUUCAUCGAAGCUCAGCGGCUAAGAAGCCCAAAGCCAAAAAGAAGAAUCCAUUGGUUGCAUUAAAGCAAAUUUACGUCACUUCGUCGCCCAAUAGAAUCCAUAAUGAGCUCAAUUUGCUAUACAUGCUCAGUGGUAACUCGCAUGUCGCUCCUUUGCUCGAUAUCUUACGGUACCAAGAUCAAGUUCUCGCGAUCUUGCCUUACUAUCAGCAUUCCGACUUCCGGGACUUCUACCGGGAUAUACCUGUGAAAGGAAUAAAAAAAUACAUGUGGGAGCUUUUGCAGGGCUUGGAAUUUGUUCACAGCAAAGGCAUCAUUCAUCGAGAUUUGAAGCCAACCAAUUUCCUCUAUGAUCCUUUCAAGGGAAAAGGAGUCCUUGUUGAUUUCGGAUUGGCAGAAAAGGUAUCUCUUCCUCUGUCUUCCCGGUCAUCGAAUGCAUGCCCAUGUCUAUCAAAAGAGCGCAGUUCAGCCAACAAAGCUCAAUCCAAGAGGUUGAAUAUUAAAGCAGCAUACCCCAAGGCAGAUCAAAGACCGCCCAGGCGCGCAAAUAGGGCAGGUACGAGAGGUUUUAGAGCCCCGGAAGUUCUAUUCAAGUGCACAAACCAGACUACCAAGAUUGAUAUUUGGUCCGCUGGAAUUAUUGGCUUGUCCUUGUUAGCUCGUAAAUUUCCUUUGUUCAAUUCGCCAGAUGACAUUGACGCUCUUGUGGAAAUUCUUAUUGUGUUCGGAGUGGACAAAAUGCAAAAAUGUGCUGAACUUCACGGCUGUGGGCUUGAAUUGAGUGCCCCACUUAUUCAAAAAACUACCUUCAAUGGAAAUUUGGUCAAGUUUCUCAGCUAUUGCUUGAAUCACGAAGAGAGGAACGGGUGUUUGCCACCUGAUAGCGUAAUCUACGAUACAGUUAAGUUUUUGGAUGAAGAUUCGGGAAAGUUAGUUAAACCCAUCGUUGACGAGAAUGAGGCCGAUGUCAAGAUCCGCGAAAGUCAACGCUUGGAGAUGGAGAACUACUACGAUCUCAAGUACUUCUUGCAGCUUCUCUACAAUUCAUUGAGUAUGGAUCCGAGUAAGAGAUUUUUGGCAUCACAAUUGCUAAAAUCACCAUUCUUUGAUGAGCUAGAGGUGAACAGGAGCGAUGAGGUAAUAUUGUAG